CACACUCACAUUCCAGGCACGGGUAGAAAGAAAUGCCAUGUCAGCCUUUCUCGUUCCCAGUCCUCUCUCCACCUCGGUAUAAAUAACAGAAACGUGCUCUCACAUUUCUACCGACUCUCUGCUUCUGCCCCUACUGCUCACCCCGAGUGUGAUUCCCAGCCAGAUAUGAAGGGUCACUUUGCUCUCGGACUCCUCCUCCUGGAAAUGGCCUGCACACAGCCGACCGGUGCAGCAGUGAUUCCAAAUGUUCCUUUCCUGCCAAAGGAAAGACUCACUGAUCAGCCAGAAGUGGAACUGGAUUGCACCCCACCCAGUACACUGUUCAAGACGAAGGGGGGCGUGGAGAUCUGUGUGCACCCCACCGAGUCAUGGAUGCAGAAAGCACUGGACAUGCUGAAGAAACACUUUCAGCAGGGUUAGAUCAGCAGAGCACAGUGGAGCCUUUCAGAGCCCAGUAACAGAGGCGAUGCAUCAAGCACAACACGCUGCCGGGGCAACACGAGCUGGCUGCUACCUCACUCAACUUGCAGUUAUCCUCCGCUUCCCUCUGAUUCCUGGAUCAGUGCACUGCCAGCCCUGGCCCUCUUUCCUUGGGGAUGUGGUUUGCCCUGUUCUCAAUCCACCUACGUCCCUGCUGCUUCCUGUGAUGCUCAGAGCAAUUGCUCCCAUGGAAGGAGAACGGGCAGUGAGCCAGAUCCAUAACCCAGAACACCAGAAUAACACUGUGGAUAAUAAAUGUAGCUGUGCACACCUCUGUGGCUCGUGUGGCUCGAUGUUCCUCACUGAAUCACCUCACAUACAGGACAGGCACAACCUUCCCCAUCACCGACCAACUCCAUCUCCUGGUAACUCUGAGGAUCACAUUACAACGUGCUGUUCACUCCACCCCAUCGUCCAGGCAGGACCCU